CAACCCACCACCUUUGCUAUGAGAAAGAAAUGGACGUGACCAGGGAGGACCACCAACGCAUCUCGAUUGAUAGCGUGCAAGACUGGAAAGCUAUGAAACAGUCCUACAGGUCUGCGGCUCGUGCACAGCUGGAUGAAUUGCUUGCCACGAGCGCCGAUGUCGGGGCUCAACACCGGGAGUUGAUGUUGCAACAUUUAAACCGAUUCGUGGACGAUGUUUUCGAGUCCACCAAACCGAACAUCCGGGUGAACGGGAUGAAGCUAGAGGACGUGCUCGAGGAUGAAGAAGAUUCGGAGCCCUUUGACGAGGCGCUUGAUCGCCAUAUAUGGUCGCUCGCGGACCAGCGCAUGAAAUGGCAACAAGAGGUUGCGAACAAACGUCGGACCGUUCCGGGGGAAGUCGCAGAGCUGGUUGACAGCUUGCUCGAGCGCCAACGGUCCGCCGACGCGGAACCGGCGUUGGCGGACGAAGACGUGGCUGUCGACAGCGAGCCCGAGGUUGAGGGUGAACUUGGUAUUCCUCCUGAAGCCGAGUUUAGAUUUAAGUUGACAACUACACUUGCGGGAGAACUGGAACAGGAACUCCCUCUGCAACGUCAACGAUCGGAGCGCGUUCAGGACGUCGCCCGUACGCUACGGAGUCGCAAAGAAUGAACUUAGUUGCACCAUCACGCAUCAUCGCCCAAGUUGGCUCUGGACUGCGUAUAUGGUCUGCGAUCGUCGAUGUUCGUCCUCUUAACUGGGGUCCAUCUACGAGGACUCAGCUCGGUUCGAUGCAUUCGGGCUCGCUGGUCUCACUUGCACGACAUCCGCGCUUCACCAUGAGAACGCGAUAUUCCCGACGUGAUACCGCUAUCUACUCGCCGAUGCAUGGUGCCUAGCGCUAACGAAGGCUUGUUACGUUUCUAUCACAGUGGCUGUCUCUACCGAUAACCCUUCU